CCUGUUGCGCGCUCACGAGACGUACACAACUUUCGAGUCCCCCUGGAGACGCGUUCCCGCGGCGGCGGUCCACCGGGGCAGCCUGCGCCGCUUCCCGCACCUCAGUUCACCGACAGGAGCCGUCCGGGAGGGGUCCCGCAGUCCGGGGCUCAGACUUGCGCCCGUGAAAACUUGGCUUCGCCCGGACAGCCGUGGCACAGGCGCCCGGGGAGAGGCUAGCCUCGCUAGCUAACUAGCUCCGCUGCGGCUCGCGGCGGCUCGCGCAGCCGACUGCACCUCUUCAUCCGCGGGCACAACUUCCAGAGCAGCGCCGCGGCACCCUCCGUGGAGACACCACGCGGAGGCAAAUGUGAGUGUUUGGUGUGCGAGCCGAUGAGAACAAAAACACACAGGUGAAGUUAAAGAGAGAAUCCGGAGCGGAUAAAAGGAAGCAGAAGGACCGUGUGUGUUCUGACUAGCACAAUGCGAGGAGAACGGAGGAGGAGGAGAAGGAGCCCCUCCGCUUCGAACCGGACAGAGAUGAGCACCGGGAGAUGAUGUGGCUGGAUUAGACGGGAUCCUCACAGCGGGGCUGCAGGCCAGCCGGGAAAUAGGAGUAACAUCAUAAUAAAACAUUAGGCUUUGCGUGUGUGUGUGUGUGUGUGUGUGUGAGAGAGAGAGAGAGAGAGAGUGAGAGAGAGAGAUCGAGAGAGAGAGAGAGAUCGAAGUGCCUAUGGCGGAGUUUGGGGAGGACGGCAGCCUGCCUCCUCCAUUGAAUCUCGGGGAUCCGGCCGUGCCCAGAGACGAGGCUGCCGGGAAGACGCAUUGCGAAGUGUCGGUGCUGAAUGGAGACUGUGGCGGGAUGCCAGAAAACAUGGUCGGAUCGGGACAAGCCGGCGUGGAAAACGCCAACAGCUCAGUGGGACCGGAUAGCAAAUCCGAAAUACCGCGCAGGAGCAGCAUUAUCAAGGAUGGAAAACAACGGAAAGAAAGGAAAAAGACCGUGUCCUUCAGCAGCAUGCCCACCGAGAAGAAGAUAAGCAGUGCAAGCGAUUGCAUCGGCGCAAUGGUGGAUGGCUCUGAGCUGAAAAAAGUGCGAUCCAAUUCGCGGGUCUACCACCGCUACUUUCUCCUCGACGCAGACAUGCAGUCCUUGAGGUGGGAGCCUUCAAAGAAGGAGUCGGAAAAAGCCAAAAUCGAUGUAAAAUCAAUCAAAGAAGUUCGGACGGGGAAAAAUACGGACACUUUUAGAACGAAUGGAACUUACGACCAGAUAUCCGAGGACUGCGCUUUCUCAAUCAUCUUUGGGGAGAACUAUGAGUCACUGGACUUGGUGGCAAACACUGCAGAUGUAGCCAACAUUUGGGUGACAGGGCUGAGGUACCUGAUCUCCUAUGGGAAACACACUUUAAAUAUGAUUGAGAGCAGUCAGAACAACAUGCGCUCAUCUUGGCUCGGGGAACUUUUCGACGAGGAGGACAGUAACCACAGCAGACAAGUAACGAUAUGUGCUGCUGUGCAGCUGGUCAAGAAGUUGAACCCGGGACUUAAAAAUGUGAAAAUAGAACUGAAGUUCAAGGAGCUUCAUAAAGCCAAGGACAAAUCAGGCUCUGAUGUGUCAAAAGAUGAGUUCAUUGAAGUCUUUCAUGAUCUUUGUACAAAACCAGAAAUUUAUUUUCUAUUCGUUCAGUUUUCCAGUAACAAAGAAUUUCUUGACACGAAGGACUUGAUGAUAUUCCUGGAGGCAGAGCAGGGAAUGGCACAAGUCAGCGAAGACACCAGCCUAGAGGUAAUUCAGAAGUAUGAACCGUCUAAAGAGGGUCAGCUGAAAGGUUGGCUGUCCCUUGACGGGUUCUCCAACUAUCUCAUGUCUCCAGAGUGCCAUAUAUUUGACCCUGAACAAAAGUCUGUUUGCCAAGAUAUGAACCAGCCUUUGUCCCACUACUACAUCAAUGCAUCCCACAAUACUUACCUGAUAGAAGAUCAGUUCAGAGGUCCAUCUGAUGUAACAGGGUAUAUCCGCGCCCUCAAGAUGGGCUGCCGCAGCGUAGAGCUUGAUGUGUGGGACGGGCCCGAUAACGAACCUGUCAUUUACACUGGCCAUACAAUGACUUCUCAGAUCGUUUUUCGCAGUGUCAUUGACGUCAUCAACAAGUAUGCCUUUGUUGCCUCCGAGUUUCCUCUGAUACUGUGUUUAGAGAACCAUUGUUCCUUAAAGCAGCAGAGGGUAAUGUUUCAGCACCUAAAGAAGAUCCUUGGAGACAAGAUCCACCUCGAUCCCCCAAAACCUGAGGACUGCUACCUUCCCUCACCUUCUGAACUGAAGGGAAAAAUCCUGCUGAAGGGAAAGAAACUGAGCACGAACUGCACUGCUUCAGAAGGUGAGGUGACAGAUGAGGACGAGGGUGCAGAGAUGUCUCAGAGGAUGAGCAUUGACUCUGCGGAACAACAGACUAUCGCACCCAAGAAAUUCCAGCUGUCAAAGGACCUCUCAGAUCUAGUCACUUUGUGCAAAUCUGUGGAGUUCAAAGACUUUCAGACAUCUUUCCAGAGCCAGAAGCCCUGGGAGCUCUGCUCUUUCAAUGAAGUCUUUGCCAGUCGCUGUGCCACUGACUUGCCAGGUGACUUUGUCAACUAUAACAAGAAGUUCCUCGCACGAGUUUACCCAAGCCCAAUGCGGAUCGACUCCAGCAACAUGAAUCCACAGGAUUUCUGGAAGUGCGGCUGCCAGGUUGUAGCAAUGAACUACCAGACUCCUGGCCUGAUGAUGGAUCUGAACAUCGGCUGGUUCCGUCAGAACGGGAACUGUGGCUACGUUCUGCGUCCGGCCAUCAUGAGGGAGCAGGUUUCAUAUUUUAGUGCCAACACUAAAGAUUCAGUGCCUGGAGUUUCUCCACAGCUUUUACACAUCAAGAUCAUCAGUGGACAGAACUUCCCCAAACCCAAAGGCUCAGGUGCCAAAGGAGAUGUAGUUGACCCGUAUAUAUAUGUGGAAAUACACGGCAUUCCUGCUGACUGUGCGGAACAAAGGACUAGAACUGUCAACCAGAAUGGGGAUAACCCUCUCUUUGAUGAGAGUUUUGAGUUUCAGAUAAACCUCCCCGAGCUGGCAAUGGUGCGCUUCGUGGUGCUCGACGACGACUACAUCGGCGACGAGUUCAUCGGCCAGUACACGAUUCCCUUCGAGUGUCUCCAGCCGGGUUUCCGCCAUGUUCCACUGCAGUCUCUCACGGGGGAAGUUCUGCCGCAUACCUUGCUGUUCGUUCACGUGGCCAUAACCAAUCGAAGAGGAGGCGGAAAGCCACACAAAAGAGGACUGUCUGUGAGAAAGAGCAAGAAGAGCAGAGAGUAUGCCAGCAUGAGAGUGCUACUGAUCAAGGCUGUUGACGACGUCUUCAAAACAGCCAUGUUACCCCUGAGGGAGGCAACAGACCUCAGAGAAAACAUGCAGAAUGCCAUAGUGUCCUUUAAAGAGCUGUGCGGCCUUUCAGCGGUGGCUAACCUGAAGCAGUGCAUCCUGGCUCUUGCCCCUCGACUGACGGGGCCGGACAACAGCCCCCUUCUGGUGUUCAACCUCAACGACCAGUACCCCAACUUGGAGCCCCAAGGCCUGCUGCCAGAGGUCCUCAAGAAGGUCGUCACCACGUACGAAAUGGUGAUCCAGACCAGCAAGACCCUGCUGGAGACCUCUGAGGGCGUGUACGAGAGGAUUCUCCAGACGCAGAAAGCAGCCAUGGAGUUCCACGAGAACCUGCACGACCUGGCCGUCAAGGAAGGGCUGAAGGGCCGGAAGCUGCACAAGGCCGUGGAGAGCUUCACCUGGAACAUCACCAUCCUCAAGGGUCAGGCGGACCUCCUGAAGCACGCCAGAGCGGAGGUCCAGGAGAACCUGAAGCAGAUCCACUACGCGGCGCUGACCUGCAAGCUGAGCAAAGGCGGCGGCGCGGCGGGCGGCUCGUCGGGCUCCUCCGAGUCCCGGAGUAGGCGGAGCCUGGAGGCCAUCCCGGAGAAGGCCACCGGCGAGGACGAGCUGACCGACGAGGACAACUGAGACCCGCCACACCCCCGUCCGUCUGUCCCGCACCACUCAGUGUCUUUACCCAGGCCGCAUUGCUACACUCACACACACUCACAAACGCCAUCGUGUACAUUCCUGUAUCUCAAGCACAGCUGUCACCUCUCAGUCUUCUGCCUUGUUCUCAUCAAUAAAACGCCGCCUCACCGAACUGUCAGCCUGACGUCAAGUUAUGGGGAAAUAACCCCCUCACACACACACACACACACCCACACAGACACACACACACACACACACACACACACACACACGCACGCACACCCACACACACGUAAAACCAUGAGGCUCAGACAUCUUCCACCCCGGAGGAGCCCCGCCCGCCCGCCACUCCUCCGUCGCCCCCCGUCUCCUGGAGGAGCCCCGCUAACUACCAGCCACAGGACUGUUCCCAGGACAGCCUGGUGGGCGGCGGAGGCUCCGGGACGUCUGAGGAGAUUUCUACAAGCACAAUUUUCUGGAGUUCUGAAUGUAACGGGAGCCAGGAGGAACCAGAAGGAGGAGGAACCCCGAGGAACCCGGAGGAACGAGAGUAAAGAGCUGUUUACAAUACUGAACUUUGUCCGUGUUCUUGUCUGCCAAAACCCGACCCUGUUGUGUAUAUAUGGAGUUUCCUGUUACCUUUUUUCUGCAGAGUGCAUCAUUUUAUUAUUGUAUACUGGGAAAUAUAAGAUUUAUUUUAUAAAAGAUAUAUGAACACGU